AUCAGAGGCGCUCCGCGUUGCGUCAGGGUUAAGAACAGCCCUUGGCCAUGGUAUAUUGGCAAUAUACCACAUCCCCUCGUGCCUUAUCGCUUUAAUAUGUACUACACAUUAUUUACACCUGCUAAGAGACCCACUGUAGAGUAUCACAUAAAAAAAAUGCCUUCGGGCGUGCCCGUUUUUUCAUGAACCGCUUGACCUCAGCAUUCAUUUUCUCAAAGUGCAUACCUUUUUUUCGUUUACAGAAGACGCAUAUCAAGGUCCAAACAGCCAAUCAACCUAUAAACAUAGACCAAUGAAUGAUGGACGGUGAGAAUAUGGAGCUUGUUGGUGUAACACACGUGUUGGAUGCCAGCACGUUUUGGGCACAGAAUGUCAAGGACGAUCAWGCCAUUGAAAACAUAAGAAAUGCCUUGGCAGACAAAUGCCCAACAGCCCCAAGGUUACUUGGAACUCCCAAUCCUCAGAAGAUUUAUGGGGCAGUCUUCUCUGAGGACAGCUAUUGGUACAGGUGCAAGGUCCUGCAGCAGACUGAUAAUUUUCACGUGUCCUACAUUGACUAUGGGAACACAGAGUUUGUCAGUCGGUCAGCUCUGGUGGAGCUGCCAGGGAUCUACAGGCACCUUGUCUGGCCAAGAAGUACAAGUUCCGGGGCUUCAAUGUGUCCACUGACCAAGACUCAGCACAUUUCCUGCAGGGAAAGGCCUACCUUAAGAAUCUGAUCUAUGGGAAGAAGGUCCGCAUCCAGAAGAAGUCAGUCUGCUUCGACGGGACCAUCCUGGUCCAGGCUUUUCAGGGAAACCUGGACAUCGGUGAAGAGGUUUUGAAGAUGAAGUUUGCCAAGUUCACCCUCCCGGGGAGUAACCGUGAGAGCCACAUGUCUGUGCGGGCCCUGCAGGAGUCCCAUUGCCUGUGGCCUCAGCGGGUGUUGGAUUGGGCUGGCCCCAGGGGGAUGGGGACAUGCCUGGCUCUACAGUCUGCAUGCCCAAACUACGACCUGCUUUCCCCAACCAGAGUCCCCUUUCA